AUGGCAGCUCGGCGCGCGCUGAAAGCUGUCUUGGUGGAUCUCAGCGGCACGCUUCACAUUGAAGACUCAGCUGUGCCAGGCGCGCAGGAAGCUCUUAAAAGGCUGCGCAGCGCUCCGGUUACCAUUCGAUUCGUGACGAACACAACGAAGGAGUGCAAGAGAGACCUGCUGGAGAGGCUGACGAAACUGGGGUUUGACAUUGCAGAAAAUGAGAUCUUCACGUCUCUGACAGCAGCCAGAAAUCUUCUGGAGCAAAGGCAGGUGCGGCCUCUCCUCUUGGUGGACGAUAAGGCCCUGCCUGAUUUCACAGGGAUAGCCACUGAUGACCCCAAUGCAGUGGUGGUAGGACUGGCUCCUGAGCGCUUUCACUAUGAGAUGAUGAACAGAGCGUUUCGGUUGAUUUUGGAUGGGGCUCCUCUUAUAGCUAUACAUAAAGCCAGAUAUUUCAAGAAAAAAGACGGCUUGGCUCUGGGACCCGGACCUUUUGUAGCUGGGCUGGAAUACGCGACGGACACCAAAGCCACAGUGGUGGGGAAGCCCGAGAGAACCUUCUUCCUAGAAGCUUUGCGAGGGACCGACUGUGCCCCGGAGGAGGCCGUCAUGAUUGGUGAUGACUGCAGGGACGAUGUCGGUGGUGCCCAGAACGCGGGCAUGCGUGGGAUUUUGGUAAGGACCGGUAAAUAUCGACCGGCAGAUGAAGACAAAAUCAAUCCGGCUCCUUACUUAACCUGUGAGAAUUUCCCAGAGGCAGUGGAACAUAUCCUAGAGCAUUUGCUAUGAGAAAGGGAAUAGUUAGUUUGAAGAGCCAUCAGUUCCACGUCAUUUCCUUUACUCUUGCUUCAAAA